CCUCUCAACUCGAAGGAUCUCUUGCCCGGUUUCUGCUUCAGCAAUCGUGGUCUCGAAUCUAUUGCGAGAUCGUGGUGAUGACAAACACGGCUUAAUACAACCAAAGAAUUGAUCCGGUGUACCUAACUCCAGUGAAACCUGCACCACGCCUCAUCCACCCUACUACCAGUACUAAGAGGGAAUCAAGCAUCGCGCAAUGGCUCGCCUCUCCAAGCAAAAGGCAUGCAUAGCAUGCACAGAAUCCAAACGCCGCUGCGACAAAGGCCUACCAUCAUGUUCCCGCUGCGACGACCGCGACGUAGACUGCUACUACCCCGUCACAAAGCGACGCCGGCGGCCCGAGACCUUCAAGCCGCUGCCGUUCUCUGACCCACCGGCACCGGCUCCGGUAUCCCUCCAGCAGCAGCACUCCAUCCAGACAACGAUGCCAGACACACUCCUCUGGGACGCAUCCCCUCUAACAAACGGCAUCUGGAGCAUGCCCUGGUCAGACCUAGACUUCACCACCCCAAACCUCCACCUCUCGCCAACAACAGCCUUCUCCCUACCGCCACCAAAACCCGCAACAUUUCCGCAGCAGCCACAUCAUGAACCGUACAUCACCAAACCAGACUACCCCCGCCUCAAAUCCUCCGUAGCCGCCUCCCUCGCAGGAAGCCAGUGGUUCCUCGCCCCCCAAACAUGGAGGAUAGACCACUGGCCCGCGCCCCCGCGCGACGCCUACCCCGUCUCCGUCCUGACCAACUUCACCCGCGGCCUACAAGCCUGGGCCCGGCGGUGGGUGAUGGACGGCCACAACCCCUUUAUCCACCGGAGCCUCUACACUGAAGGGAAUCACUUCCCUUCGUGCGUCCAGGACGCCUUUGCUGCGGCGUCGGUGUACUUCCAUAAGACGUCUUUGAAUGAGGCAUUCGUUCAUCGAAUCUUGGAUGAACGGGUCACAGCCCUGCUGGCGAGUCAGCCUGUAGCAGAGGGUGACGACAACAUGUCUGCCCCGUUACUCGAGACGAGAGAUCAUCUAGCUCGCGUACAUGCCCUGUACAUCUACACCAUCAUCCGCCUCUUCGACGGCUCAGUAAGCCUACGUGCCGCCGCCGAGGAACACCUACCAACCCUAGAUCUCUGGUCAAAACAACUAUGGGAAUCUGCCCAAAGAGACGCCAACACUCUCUACAGGAGUCAAUGUCCCCCCUCAACAUGGCAGUGUCAAGCGCAAAGAGACUCGGACCUAGCAGACCAAGUCACAGCAAACACCAACGCCGCCAACGCCGUCAGACCAGGGAGAAACAAUAACAACGACAAACCCAACCACCCAAAAGAAGAAGUCUUCAACCGCGACCUCUGGACCUGGAACCUCUGGGUCCUCUCCGAAUCCGUCCGCCGCACCUGGAUCAUCGUCGUCUGCACCCUGGGCGUGUACAACGCCCUCAAGGGGAAAUGGGGCGAGUGCUCCGGCGGCGCCCUCUUCACCGCUCGCGCCGGACUAUGGGAUGCGCCUUCGGCUCCGCGAUGGGCGGCGCUGUGUCGGGAGACGUCCGGGAAGGGGGCCAGGACCGGGCGAGAUAGAGGCGGUACCGGUGCUGGGGUGGGCGCUGCUGACCGUCCGGGGGCGGAGUGCAGCGAUGGCGACGCCAAUGUUUGCGGUGAUCGGAAUCUCUUUGUGCCUUCGCUUGAUAGCGAUGCGUUGCUUCAUAAUGCGGCCGCGGCGGAUGUUGAUGAGUUUGCGAGGCACUUGUUCACGUGUAUCUGGGGUCUUGAUCGUGUUGAAGAUUGGGCGCUAAGGACAGCUUCAGAAGGCGAAGUGAGCUUGAUUUACUGAGGUUGAAUAUCAUGGCUUUAGGUGAGGGCGGUAUUGGUGUCGUCAGUACUAGUUAUAUCAUGCUUUUUCAACAAAAGGCCAUGGUUGAAAAGAGGAUACCAUGGGCAGCAUGCGCCAGACUUUAAGAAUCAUCACACACAUCAGUUGGUGCGAGAUCUGUUCAAAACACUUGCCUCGUACCACGGCUACUGGAACAUCA